UUUCAGGUUAGAAGACAACAAAUACGUAAGAGGAGAUGGCUGUGAAGAAGCAGAAAAAGUCGACGGAAAACAUCAAUGCGCGACUUGCCAUGGUGAUGAAAAGUGGAAAGUAUUGCUUAGGAUAUAAACAAACGUUGAAAACACUACGGGCCGGUAAGGCCAAAUUGGUUAUUAUCGCCAAUAAUACGCCACCUCUCAGGAAAAGUGAAAUUGAAUAUUAUGCGAUGUUGGCGAAGACAGGCGUUCAUCAUUACAACGGUAACAAUAUCGAAUUAGGUACGGCAUGUGGAAAAUUGUUUCGUGUUUGCACAUUAUCAAUUACAGAUGCUGGAGAUUCAGAUAUUAUUCGAAGUAUGCCGUCUGAAAGUGCUUAAAUUUAACUUUGUUCCUUCACUGGUAUAUUGAAAGAGUCGUAAAUAAACCUUACUUUGUUGCUUGGUGUUUCAAAUAAAGUUCAAAUAGUUUAAUACUUCCCACAUCGGAAUGUGUAGGUCUUUUUAACUUUCAAAAAUAGUGUUAAAGGAAGAAGAAGUGAUUUCAAGCAGAAGUUUGUCUUUUUCUAAUAGUUUUCGUGUUGUUAUAUCUGUAGUAGUCUCAAGAGGUCAUUUUAUUUAUUACUAGUCUUGGAUUGGAAUUGGAAUGAGUG